UGGGACCUGGGCAAGGAGGCGCUGUGCGCUGGUCCUUUUCCGUCACCUUCUGCCGGUGCGGAGUGACCGAGUGAGCUGCUGCGGGGUAUGCAAAGAGAGGCAGUUCAGUUCAGCCUGAAAGGGCGUCGAUCCUGCAGCGUGCGCCAAGGGACUCCGCUCUGGUGGGGAACCUUUGUCUGAGCCGGCGGGGUUGAUUCCUGCCCUCUUUCAGACUUCGGUAGCCCUCGUGGUACAACUACUGUCCAUUUGGGCAUCCGUGGGCGAUUGUUUUUCCAACUCGGUCUCCCCCCAGCCCACCUUUGGGAAGGAGAGGUGGAAUUCAGCGAUCAGAUCUUGCAAAAAGAUAGCCGGCUAAUUUCCAAGUGCUGGGACCCUGGUGCUGCAGGGGAGAUUCAGAGAGAAUAAACUCCCCUGUCUGCCUUUCAGAGGAGAGAGCCAGGAAAGACAUAUUACUCCAGAAAAGACCUGCAAUGGAUAAAAAAAGCAAUGGUUAUCUCUUAUUGAUCAUUCUACUAAUUAGAAUGGCUCCAAGUUUCCCCACUACUGUAAAUUAUGUCAAUCCUACUUUAGAGUCUAUGGAAUAUUCAGUGAUACGCCAGAAAAUAGUAGAUUCACAGUUCAAGUGCUAUGAAAGGAUGAACAGAGCACCUCCUUACAAGAAAAAAGGAUUGUACUGUAACCGGACCUGGGAUGGAUGGCUGUGUUGGGAUGAUACACCAGCUGGAGAAUAUGCUGACCAGAAUUGUCCCGAUUAUUUUCAAGACUUUGAUCCAACUGAAAUAGCAACAAAACAUUGUGAUAAGACAGGAACAUGGUUUCGGCAUCCAGAAACCAAUCGAACCUGGUCCAAUUACACACGCUGCAAUUCUUUUACCAAUGAGAAGCGUAAGAUGGUUUUCAUAGUUUAUUACAUGACUAUAGUAGGACAUGUAUUGUCUAUGAUUUCCCUGUUGAUUUCCUUGGGAAUUUUCUUCCAUUUCAAGAGCCUCAGCUGUCAAAGGAUAACACUGCAUAAGAAUCUAUUUUGCUCAUAUGUUCUUAACUCUGUGUUUACACUUGCCCACCUCAUUGCAGUAGUGCCUGACCGAGAGCUGGUCCAAAAAGAUCCAAUAAGCUGCAAAGUGCUUCAGUUUUUUCACCAAUAUACAAUGGGCUGUAACUACUUCUGGAUGCUUUGUGAAGGAAUAUAUCUUCAUACACUGAUUGUGGUGGCAGUAUUUGCUGAAGAACAGCGCUUGCAUUGGUAUUAUCUCCUGGGCUGGGGUUUUCCUUUAGUGCCAGCAUCAAUUCACGCUGUGGCCAGAGCCAGAUAUUUCAAUGAUAAAUGUUGGAUUAGUGUCGACACAUAUUUGCUGUACAUUGUUCAUGGGCCUGUUAUGGCAGCUUUAUUGGUCAAUUUUUUCUUUUUGCUCAACAUUGUACGAGUUCUCAUUACAAAACUGAGAGAUACACAUCGGGCUGAAUCCAAUAUGUACAUGAAAGCUGUCAGAGCCACUUUAAUUCUUGUGCCCUUAUUAGGUAUUCAGUUUGUCAUUUUUCCCUGGAGACCAGAAAAUAAACUUGCUGGAGAAAUAUAUGAUUACAUCAUGCAUAUUUUAAUGCACUAUCAGGGCUUACUUGUGGCAACUAUUUUCUGUUUCUUCAAUGGAGAGGUCCAAGGAACUCUGAAACGGCAAUGGAUGCAGUAUAAAACUCAGUGGGGUCAAAGGCGACGUGAUCAUUGCUCUACACGAUCUACGUCCUACACAGCAACAUCUAUCACGGAGGUUCCUGUUUAUCUAUAUCAUCGUGAUUCCAACAGUGAGCAUCUGAAUGGAAAGUACAUACAUGACUCUGAACUUGUUGCAUUAAAAUCUGGAGAGACAUCUGCUUAAUUUAUAAUUAAAGGGUUCCAUAUUUUAUUUCUGCACAAAGGAGCAGACUGUAAAGCCCCGGCAAUGUGCAUACUUGUUCAGCAAGCUGGAACCAUCAUAUGCAAAGUGCAGAAAUUCAGCUCUCUUGUGGCACCAGUUCAUGAACGUCUGAUAGAGAUUCAGACAUGGGGACUGAUCCCAGUUUCCAAUGACACUUUCAAAAGAAAAGGAGAUAAAAGCUAGUCCCAGAACUUGGCCAUAUAAAAUGAGGAUGCAAUAGUUAUAAAACUUUGCAUCAGAAAUCCCACUAGAUAUUGCAUUAUUUCUACAAAAGGUCUUGUUAUCCAAAUCGAAUUAAGUACAAAUUGGAGAUGGUAAAGAGCUAGUGCUAUUUUGAAUCAUAAACAUGUUAUUAUAUUGGAGCAUUUUUAUUAUUUUAUUUUCAGUAAGUCCAAAUGCUGUGUCAUAGUGAUUUUCCCCACCCCCACAACUUGGAGCCAACUUGUAUGUCCUACAUGUAAAUUUUUAUUACUACAACAGGAUACUAGCUAUUCAGUAUUAUUCUGACAUCAAGCAGGAGAUAGAAAUGAAGGUAAAUUAUUUAUUGUAUCAUAAAGAUUAGAAAAAAGAAAUUAAAUAUUAUCAUAGGAAUAUAAUAUUGUGUCAGGAAGUCCAGUGAGAGGAUUCAAGAGUCUUGUUCACUACAUCAGCUAUAUAUAAAUUGUUUCAAGAAAAAUUUGUCAGCCAUAUUUUUCAGUCCAAAAAAUUAGAGAUAGGGAACCAUUUUUUUUUUCUAGAA